CUUCAUACGCGGUUGUUGGUGCAGCCUAGAAACGACACUGAGAAGAAAUGAUCUACUGUAUGAGAUUACAUAUACAUUAACCCGUUAGGUUAAACAAGGACAUACCAUAUCUCAUUUUUAUUAUAAAAUUGAAGAGAACUCCUGGUCAAGACUGAAUAUUUACAGAAACCAGCUUACCUUCAUUCUGCACUGAUUUUUGAAGCGUAUUUAAGGGCCAUUUGUUUCAGACUCUUCCUGCCUGUACAGCAAGUGUUGUAUCCUGCCACUGAGUAUGUCAGUGGCUCUUCUCAUGCGAUAUGCCACGCUCAGCGGAUCCCGUGUCUGCUGCAAGGCUGCCCUCGGCAUAACCGGCAUCCACCAAGAAGACACGAGACGGGCUCUACACACUCCAUCAUCUCCUCGGUGCAGCAACACUCGCUUUGAUCCAGACAGCAGUGGCCAUCCGACUACCUGGGACUCCUUUGGGAUCUGGGACAACCGCAUUGAUGAGCCCAUCUUGCUUCCGUCAAGCAUCCGAUAUGGUAAACCUAUUCCCAAAGUUAGCCUGUCCAAGGUGGGCUGUGCCUCACAGAUUGGCCAGCGGAAGGUGAACGAAGACCACUAUCAGCUAUCGCGGAUGACGGACAACAUCAUAUACUUUGCAGUGUUUGACGGGCACGGAGGUGCAGAGGCUGCUGAAUUCUGCCACAAAAACAUGGAGAAGCAUAUUAAAGACAUUGCUGAGGAGGAGGAUAACUUGGAAUUAGUUUUAACCAAAGCAUUUCUUGAGGUGGACAAAGCUUUAGCAAGGCAUCUUCACUUCAGUGCAGAUGCCUCUCUGUUGAGUGCAGGGACGACGGCCACAGUGGCCCUGCUGAGAGACGGGAUCGAGCUGGUGGUGGGCAGCGUGGGGGACAGCCGAGCCAUGCUGUGCCGCAAAGGCAAGGCCCUCAAACUCACUGUGGAUCACACGCCUGAGAGAAAGGAUGAAAAAGAGAGGAUACGCAAGACUGGAGGUUUUAUUACAUGGAAUAGUUUUGGUCAACCGCACGUCAAUGGCAGACUGGCCAUGACACGCAGCAUUGGAGAUUUCGACCUCAAGACAUCAGGUGUCAUUGCAGAACCAGAGACUAAGAGAAUUUCAUUGCAUCACGUCCACGACUCCUUUCUGGCACUCACCACUGAUGGCAUCAACUUCAUCAUGAACAGUCAGGAGAUCUGUGACAUCAUUAACCAAUGUAACGACCCUAAAGAGGCCGCACAACGCAUAUCUGAGCAGGCUCUUCAAUACGGAGCUGAAGACAACAGCACUAUCAUUGUGGUGCCGUUCGGUGCCUGGGGCAAACACAACAGCUCUGACGUGAGCUUCUCCUUCAGUCGCAGUUUCGUCUCAAGUGGCCGCUGGGCCUAAGCAGAAAUAAUAAGACA